AUGGCUGGUAGAUUAGGGACUCAGCAGCCUGCCAAGCAGUCCAACAUCACAGCAUAUACGACAACCGUUAAACGGAACCCGGCAUCGAAACCGCAUUGCCUCCCGCAGUUAAAUUCUGCUACGGCCAAACGGCCUAACCCAAUGCGAUCGUCCGGAAGACCGGACCGCUUCCUGGCCCAGCUUGAAGUCACAUCACUCGAGUGUAAGCAAGUUCACCCGUUCGGGCGUGAUAAUUCAGGUACUUGCGAUGGUGGAGUAGAGGUAACACGCUCACCUCGCAUGUUAGGUGUCCAGGGUUCAAACCCCAUCAAGGUCACUAACGGAAAAUCACGUGGUACGGGACAAGGUCGUGAGAAGGACACAAUAUACCUUUUUUCACGAAAACGGUCAGCUCUGGAGAUAGCUACGUGA